GCUGUCGGGGUCUAGAGCUCGCCCGCGGCGCGGGGCGCGCGGGAGGAGGGAGCGCGGGCCCGGUGGCCGGCCUGCCCUUUGUGCCUGCAGCCGCACCCAUGGCCGCCGCGCCGGGUUCCCCCGCUGCGCGCGCCCGCAACCGGCCCUGACCCCGCCGCCGGGCAGGGCCGGGGAUGCGCGGGCUCUGGCCCCGCGGCUGCUCAGGCUGCGCGCGGGGCGAUGGACCUGGGUAUGAAGAAGUUCACUGUGCGCAGGUUCUUCUCGGUGUACCUGCGCAGGAAGUCGCGCUCCAAGAGCUCCAGCCUGAGUCGCCUCGAGGAAGAAGGCAUUGUGAAGGAGAUUGACAUCAGUCAUCAUGUCAAAGAAGGAUUUGAAAAGGCUGACCCUUCCCAGUUUGAACUCUUGAAAGUUUUAGGACAAGGAUCUUAUGGAAAGGUGUUCCUGGUAAGGAAGAUCCAGGGGUCUGAUGCUGGACAGCUCUACGCAAUGAAAGUUCUUAAGAAAGCGACCUUGAAAGUUCGGGACCGAGUCAGAUCGAAGAUGGAGAGAGACAUCUUGGCAGAAGUGAAUCACCCUUUCAUCGUAAAGCUUCAUUAUGCCUUUCAGACGGAAGGCAAGCUCUACCUGAUCCUGGACUUCCUGCGGGGAGGCGACCUCUUCACCAGGCUCUCCAAAGAGGUGAUGUUCACGGAGGAGGACGUCAAGUUCUACUUGGCCGAGCUGGCCCUGGCGUUAGACCACCUGCACAGCCUGGGCAUCAUCUACAGAGAUCUGAAACCUGAGAACAUCCUCCUGGACGAAGAGGGACACAUCAAGAUCACAGAUUUCGGGCUGAGCAAGGAGGCCAUCGACCACGACAAGAGAGCGUAUUCGUUCUGUGGGACCAUCGAGUACAUGGCGCCCGAGGUGGUGAACCGGCGGGGACACACGCAGAGUGCAGAUUGGUGGUCGUUCGGCGUGCUCAUGUUCGAGAUGCUCACGGGGUCACUGCCGUUCCAGGGCAAGGACAGGAAGGAGACCAUGGCCCUCAUUCUUAAAGCCAAGCUGGGCAUGCCUCAGUUCCUCAGCCUGGAAGCGCAGAGCUUGCUGAGAGCCCUCUUCAAACGGAACCCAUGCAACCGGCUAGGUGCUGGCAUCGAUGGAGUGGAGGAGAUCAAGCGGCACCCUUUCUUUGGGACCAUAGACUGGAACAAGCUGUACAGGAAGGAGAUCAAGCCGCCGUUCAAACCAGCAGUGGGCAGGCCCGAGGACACCUUCCACUUUGACCCUGAGUUCACAGCGCGGACGCCCACAGCAGACUCGCCGGGUGUGCCCCCCAGUGCCAACGCCCAUCACCUGUUCAGAGGAUUCAGCUUUGUGGCCUCAAGCCUGGCCCAGGAGUCCCCGCAGCAAGACAUGCACAGAGCCGCCGCCCACCCCAUUGUGCAGCAGCUGCAUGGGAACAGCAUACACUUCACCGAUGGCUACGAGGUCAAGGAGGACAUCGGGGUGGGCUCCUACUCCGUGUGCAAGCGCUGUGUGCAUAAAGCUACCGAUGCCGAGUAUGCCGUGAAGAUCAUCGAUAAGAGCAAGAAAGACCCCUCAGAAGAGAUUGAGAUCCUGCUGAGGUACGGCCAGCAUCCGAACAUCAUCUCCCUCAAGGACGUCUACGAUGACGGCAAGUUCGUGUACCUCGUGAUGGAGCUGAUGCGUGGUGGAGAGCUGCUGGACCGCAUCCUCCGGCAGAGGUUCUUCUCCGAGCGGGAGGCCAGCGAUGUGCUGUGCGCCAUCACCAGGACACUGGACUACCUGCACUCACAGGGGGUUGUUCAUCGAGACCUGAAGCCAAGCAAUAUACUGUAUAUGGACGAGUCUGGCAACCCGGAAUCCAUACGAAUCUGUGACUUCGGGUUUGCCAAGCAGCUGCGAGCCGAGAAUGGGCUGCUGAUGACACCGUGCUACACAGCCAACUUUGUUGCCCCAGAGGUCCUGAAGCGGCAAGGCUACGACGCCGCGUGUGACAUCUGGAGCUUGGGGAUCCUGCUCUACACCAUGCUGGCGGGAUUUACCCCGUUUGCAAACGGACCAGAUGAUACUCCCGAGGAGGUUUUGGCGAGGAUCGGCAGUGGGGAAUAUGCCCUUGUCGGGGGAAACUGGGACUCCAUAUCUGAUGCGGCAAAGGACGUCGUAUCCAAGAUGCUCCAUGUGGAUCCUCAUCAGCGCCUGACGGCAGUUCAAGUCCUCAAACACCCAUGGAUUGUGAACAGAGAGCACCUGUCCCAAAACCAGCUCAGCAGACAAGAUGUCCACCUGGUGAAGGGAGCAAUGGCCGCCACCUACUUCGCUCUGAACAGAACGCCCCGGGCACCACGGCUGGAGCCAGUGCUGUCAUCCCGCCUGGCUCAGCGCAGGGGCAUGAAGACCCUCACGUCCACCAGGCUGUAGCAGCCCACUGAGGCCCAGGUGCCCCCAUGCAUUCCCCGUGCCUGUGUGCAGCCCAGGCGGGAUCCAGGCCGGAGGCCUCCCCGCACCUCACUGUGCCAGCCUCACCACCUCGUCACCCCGAGCAAAACUGAGCGGCCCCAUUUCACUGCGAAGCACCACGUGAAUGCCUGCAGGCUCCUUCACACUCCACCAAAGCGUCACUAUUACGGCUCCCAUUUAUACUGAGAGAGAUUUUUUCCAGUUACAGAGCCGCUCGCAAUUCAGUUACCGUGAGAAGAUGCCCUGGCUGGUCUGCGCAGGGCCUCCCGGGGCGGGCUGGCCUCCGUGGUUCUGGCCCGGCCAUGGGCCACGAGGUGGGGUGGCACACGGCACAUGCGAGCGGGCACCUGGAACCCUCCAAACGUCCCCCUGGGCCUGGGGUGCCAGGCCUGCUGUCCAAUGUCUCACACCUAAGGGGAGGAGUCGCCCAGCACCAGCGAGCUGUACCUUUGCCUUGGCAGCCACGUUUCUAAAGACUCACGCACAUCCCCAGGAAGGAAGCCGGGGUGCGAGCAGCACUCGAGCAGCAGGUGCUCACCCCCACCUGGCCUAGCAGAGCCCCGCAGCUUCGGAGCCAGGCCUGCUGCCAGCCUCCUGCGUGCCCAGACCCAUGGCAUUGCUGUCUGCCUCCCUUGCCCGGUCCAUGGAGCCCCCUGGGCUCAGCCGCCUCCCGUAACAGCUUUCUCAGUCCCACAGGGGAUGGGAGGGGCUGGAGGGGACAGAGGGCCUGGCCCCUACGCCAGGGGCCGGGGGUGACACACUUUGUAGACACUGUGCUUUUGUGUUGCGUUCCAUGUUGCUGCUGCACAGCCCUGGGUUCACCUGGCGUUUGCGUGCUGGGCAGUGUUUCCCGUGGCAGGGCGCAUGGCAGUGCAUCCCUUUGCUAAGUGACAAAGUCAUGUCAGACGUGCAGGGGAGAGCCUGUGUCCUUCCCUCUUGCCCUCCGCAGGCCGCCGGCUGGGGCUUCCUGAGAAGGCCGCGGUCGUGUUUCUUCCCUCCCUCCGUCUCAGCUCACUCUCAGCCCGACUCGGGCAGGAACAGGACAGAGGCAGUGCUGGGAGGGACCCCUGGCCCAGGCUCAGGAUUCCAGACCUUAAGAUGUUCCGUAUCUCGGGAGCUCCGGUCGGCCUGUGAGGUCCAAGAGCCACAGCAAGGACAGGGCAGCAUCCCCACAAAGCCCUGCUAGGCAUUUCUCGGAUUUUCUCAGUAGAAAAUGCUUUCUCCCAAGGCUGUAAAGACUCCCACACUAGUUUUGCUUUAGGUCUGAAUUACUUUAUCAUGAGAAACAGGGAAAACAGGCCACAGGCCUCACUCUCUGAGGGUCGGCAGGCCUGUGAUACCUUCUGUGUGCUGUGCAGACGGUGCCUGUUGGUCAGCUGCCCCAGCCUCUGGCCCCUGUUUCUUUGUUAGUUAUUUCUGUGAGUUCUGAUGGAGAGAAAGAAGUGGGGGAAACAUGAGAAGUGUGGCUGAGAGGCUAGGAGACAGUCCCCGUUCUGCCAGCCCGUCACUGUUCCAGUCACACCAGGGUCUGGGGCCCUUGUCCUGACCCCGCAGAGCGCAGGGGAUGGCUGAGGGGCUCACCCGGUGCCCAGCCCGUGCCCACCACCCCCUGCUCUGCCCACCCACUGCUACUUGAACGUCUGUAAAAUACCUCUACUCUCUCACCUGACCCAGAGCAAAGCGAUACUUGAAACCCUUCAGCCAAGAGUCAGCCUGGAGAAGUCGACAUGAUUUUAAAAUGAACUUUCAGAAGCUCCCAGAAGUCUUAAGUGAAGGAGGUGCAGCUGGGGCAGGGGGCGAGGCAGUGCUUCACUCCCCGUGCCGGCUGUCCACACGGAGCAAAGGCUCUGCACGGUUUGCACGGGGGUUACAAGGCUGCGCCUGCCCACACGUACUCAUGCCCCCGGAUCAUGGACCCCGAGUCCCGCCCGAGCGCCCAGGAGGGUCCAGCCCGCCUGCGGCCCCGUGAUAGGCACCAGACCAGAGUCCAACCGGCGAGAAGGAGGUUUUGCGUCUGCCUUUGAGUCAGACUGUCCGUGAUUUUAAUCCAACCCGGUGUGUGUUGAUGUUGCUCCGCCUUUUCAGUGAUGAUACGCUUACUCUUGGCCAGCCUUGCUCAUUAAGCCGUGUUAUUUCUCACGCCCCACCUCGGGAUUUUUACCCUAUGCUUUCCUGAUUCUCUCAAGCACAUGAUCGAUUUGAUUUGCACUGUUUCCUUUCCAUUGUGGUUUUGUGGCCCCCACCUCCCCAAGAGUCGUGAAAGUUCUGGAAUGGAAGAGGACUGGCAGGCUCCUGAGUGGUGAGAAGGCGGGAGGUGAGCCGGGAGCUGCUUGGAAGAGGCUGUCGGACGCUCCGGUAGCUGGCGCUGAGCACGCCUCCCGCCCACACCGGCCCAGCACUUUGUUUACGAGACUGCACUUAUGUUUACAGGGCAUCUUUAUGUUCAUGCUGUGCAUUGUAUGUUUGGGAUGGGCGGCCACUAUACAGAUAUUUAUUAUGCUUUCCAGACUUUCUGAAUAGAUUUUUGAAUAAAUGUGGGUUUUAUGAA